AUGACCAUGGCAAGUGUUUUUGCACUGCUCUCUCUUGCACUUUGCUGCUUCCCAGAUACUGCUUUUGGGGUUGAGGUGGACUGCAGUAGAUAUCCCAACACUACAAAUGACGAAGGCAAAGAGGUGCCACUCUGCCCUAAGGCCCCUAGCCCUGUCUGCGGUUCUAACGGAGUCACUUACAGCAGUGAAUGCCUGCUGUGUGCCUACAACGUUGAAUAUGGAACCAACAUCAACAAAGACCAUGAUGGGGAAUGCAAGGUAAGUGACAUGCAAGUGGACUGCAGUAAAUAUUCCAACGUUACAGAUGAGGAUGGCAAAGAGGUGCCAAGGUGCAACAAAAUCUACAACCCCGUCUGCGGUACUGAUGGAGUCACUUACGACAACGAAUGUGUGCUGUGUGCUCACAACGUAGAAAAGGGUGCCAGUGUUGGCAAGAAGUUCGAUGGUGAUUGCAAGAAGCAAUCUGUUACUGUUGACUGCAGUGGCUACCCUAAACCAGCCUGUACAGCUGAGUAUUUCCCUCUGUGUGGCUCUGACAACCAAACAUACAGCAAUAAAUGUGCAUUCUGCAAUGCUGCUGUGGAGAAAAAUGUGACUCUAAGCCAUUUUGGAGAAUGCUAA